AUGGCUGCUAACAAGAUCGCCGCAAACAGCCCUUCGAGGCAGAGUCCUUCCGACCUCGAGAAGGCUUUGGCUACCGCUCUCAACGACCUGGAGACCAACACCCCCGACUUGAAGGUCGCUCUACGACCUCUCCAGUUUGUGUCUGCUCGCGAGGGACCGGAGGUCUUGUCGCAUGAGAUACGCAUGUUAGGGAGCUCAGGGAAUUCAGGAGAUGCUCUCGGCCUGCUUCAGGAUGCUAUCCGCACAGUUCAUCUGCUACCGGGGUUCGUUGAGGUUGGCCAUGGCAAGAAGGCCAUUGUGAUUUUUGUCCCAGUCCCUCUUCUCCAGGGAUUCCACAAGAUCCAGCAGCGUCUCACCCGGGAACUUGAGAAGAAAUUCUCUGACCGUCAGGUCAUCAUCAUUGCUUCUCGACGCAUCCUCCCACGCCCCAAGCGAUCCACUACCUCCCGCACCAGCCAGACCCAGAAGCGCCCACGCUCCCGUACCCUCACCGCUGUCCACGAAGCUAUUCUCUCAGAUAUCGUAUACCCAGUCGAGAUUGUUGGUAAGCGUGUUCGAACAAAGGAGGACGGUAGCAAGUUGUUGAAGGUUGUUCUCCACGAGAAGGAGCGUGGUGGUGUGGACCACCGCCUCGAUGCAUAUGGCGAGGUCUACCGAAAAUUGACAGGUCGUGGUGUUGCUUUUGAGUUCCCCCAGAGCGGUUCUUCGGAGUACUAG